AUGUGGAGCCUGGAGCAGCAGAGCGGCGAGUCAAGUGUAAAAGAUGUCCAGGACUGUGGCUGGAUUUCUGGUUUGGCCAUAAAACGAAAAGCAAUGAUGCUGCAGAGAAAAGAGCUGGAGGAGACUUGUGACUACCUUGAAACGAAAAGGAUGAUUUUCCCCAGGUUUUACUUCCUCAGCACCGAUGAGCUGCUUGCGAUCCUAGCCGGCAGCAGAAACCCUGAGUCUGUACAGCCUCAUCUAGUGAAGUGCUUUGAGAAUGUGAAGCAGCUGAUGAUAUGCAAGCAAGAGAUCAGCCCCUCUACCAUAAGGAUGCUCAUGUCUGCUGAAGGCGAAGGCCUCGUGCUGCACAAGAAAAUUCACGUAAGAAGUGCUGUAGAACAGUGGCUGGCAAAUGUAGAAAAAAGCAUGUUUGAGGCGUUAAAAAGACAGGAUUACCAUGUAUAG